AAUUUGUUCAGCUGAAUUAUCAAAUUCGCCAUCUGAAUCUGGAGGAGAACGUUGUCUACAGUUUCAGCGAUAUAGGAGAAACCUUUAUCGACGAGUAUCAGGGACAGAUGUUUCAGUUGGUGGUGGAAGUUCAAAUUCUAAUUCGUCAUCAGAAUCUGAUAGAGAAUCUUCAUUAUUAACCAAAUUAACUCAACAAAAAAACAGUGCCAGACAUUUUACUAGCUUUCUUAUAGAGAUAAACAAACAAACUUUAUUAGAAACUUCUAAUACAAAUAAUAAAAAACAAAAAAUAACUACAGAAACUAUGAAAACUUCUUCUCCAAAAGUUAUUAAUAAAGUUAUUGAAAAUAUUAUCUUGUUCACUGAUAACAACAACCAAACACCUUUUAACAUUGAAAAAGAAAAUACAACAAUAUUCUUGACAUAG